AUGGAUGAUGACAACAAAACCAUCAUAGAAUCUAGACAAGAACUGAUGGUUUCACCAACAUCCGGUCAAAACCAAACUUUAAGAACUGUCUAUUUCCUCACUCCUCCUUGCAUUAAAGAUUCUCAUUUUCUUCCAACCCAUUUCACCAUUCCCUCUCAAACCACCACAAAUUUACCCUUAGAAGUUAGGUACAAUGGAUGGAGAAAUUCACAUGAAGAAUGGAUCAAAUGGGUCAAAAAAUUACAACCAAAGUUUGAAUCUUUAUGGUUAAAAACAGGAAUAUAUCAUGCAAUCAAAGCUUCAGAAUAUGAAAUCAAAAGGGAUGAUGAGUUGAUUCUUGAACUUGCUAAUAGAUGGUGUUCAAAGACCAACACAUUUGUUUUCCCUUGGGGUGAAACAACAUUAACAUUGGAAGACACAAAGGUUUGUUUUGGUUUUUUUGUUUUAGGAUGUUCUGUUUCUACCCCUAUUAUGAACAGUGAACAAAAAGAAGCAGAAGAAGAGUUAUUUGAAGUUAGAAGAAUGUUUAACAGUUCUAGAGCUAAAAAAGUGAAUCAAUUUGCAUGGAUGAAACAUUUUAUGAAUAGUGAAAGCAAAGUGGAACAUGAAGCUUUUUUGGUUUAUUGGUUGUCAAGGUUUGUGUUUCCUGCUGAUUCUUAUGAUACUAUUUUGAAAAGUGUUUUUCCAAUUGCAAUAAAUUUAACUUAUGGAACUAGAAUAGCUCUUGCACCUGCAGUUUUAGCUAGUGUUUAUAGAGAUUUAAAGUUUAAGAGUAACUAUUUGGGCACCUUUUCAAUUGGUUCAAGUUUGGGCCUUAAUGAGGUUUCUAGGAUUAAGGCAUGGUUUACCAAAUGUGGCUAG